UGUGGGGCGGGGCUACGUACACAGCUGUGUCGCGUAGGAGUGGUUAGCAUCGGUUGCCAUGGUCGACAUGUCUCCUUAGCGACGUCGUUUUAAGUCCAUCGAACUUCAGUAUUCUUUCAUUACGAUUAUCAUGGCAGAGACAGCUGACAACAAGAAAGAUGAAGCAGACUUCAAGAGACUGCACAGCUUCCCUCUCAUACGGCACACAGACAUGUCUGAAGAGAUGAGAGUGGAGACCAUGGAGCUCUGUGUUACAGCCUGUGAGAAGUUUGCCUCUAAUAAUGAGAGUGCUGCUAAAAUGAUAAAGGAGUCGAUGGAUAAGAAGUUUGGAAGUUCUUGGCACGUGGUGAUCGGCGAGGGCUUUGGUUUUGAGAUUACCCACGAAAUGAAGAACCUGCUUUACAUGUUCUUCGGGGGAAGUUUGGCGGUGUGUGUUUGGAAGUGUUCAUAACCCACAGCAACUCACGAAUACAUAAAAACUGACAUAAAGACUUUUACAGAGCAAAAACUAGUUACAAAAUCAAAUCUCAAGGUUGCAUGUGUGUGUGCUUGGAAAUUGUUAUUUUUCUGCCUGUAAAUUCAUCGAUGAACGGGGUUUAUCAUUUCUUACAGUUUAUUUAAAAAAAAGUACCAUUUCAUGUUCUCACCCUUUAAUUGUCCAUCUCUGUCCUUCUUUCUCAAUCUUUCUAUUUCUCACCCCAUCUUUCUUUUUUUAUCUGUCCAUACUUUCCUUAUCUCCUCCAUAAACCAUUUUUUUCCCUGAUUGAUAAUGUAUUUUUAUAAGACAAAUAGCAUAUUUUAAUAAAUUUGUGAAUAAUCUGUUUUUAAACUUUAAAAUAUUUAUAGGCUUUGGUUGAAAAUUUUGUACAGCUGUAAUGCUAUUUGUUAUUUGUAUUUGAUUUAAUGAAUGACUAUUACGUCAUUGUCUUGUGUAAUAAACCCGGUUACCUCUU